CAAUUUAACUGUAAAAUAAUAUAAACCUCUAGUAUGAUAUCAGGUUCGGCUGGUACGAAACGUUUAUCAUUAACGUUGAAUGCAGUGCAAUAAUUAGUGGUCAGUAAAGCGUAGUUCCGACAAUUAUGCAAUGUUUUAACCUCAAUACGUGCAGUCGAACAAAGUGCAUCUUGACCCACUUAGCCGGAUAAUGUGGUAUUCAUCAGCCAUCUUCCUAGAAUUAAAUUAAAAACUGUUACCAAAUUAGCUGUCAACCUCUCAAAACCGCCAGCGGGUUUUCCAAGCUAAUCGAUAUUAAACAUAAAUAAAAUAACGACAUAAUGACACAUUCGUCAUUUCUGCUGUUACUCGCGCCAUGGCUACUACACAGAUCAUUCUAAUCAUCGUUUGUGCAGCAGUUCUGGCAGACUGUAAAUUGCGAGGGAAAUUCAGCAUCAUACAGAAGAAAACUCAUGAAGUAAACUCAGACGCAGAUGCAGAACAUCAAGUGCUUGAAAAUAUGAAGACAAGUGAUCGUGUUGUUACAGGUGUAAAGGCUCAUGAUUCAGAUGCGAUAUUUUUUCCAAGUGAUGAUGAUACGAGACUAUAUCUUGAUGUGAAUAAGAUUAUCAGUGAAACUCUAAGUGCAAUAGAUAACAAUAAGCAUAGUGAUGUUGUUAAGAUUACUACUGACACGCCUUUGUUGCCGAAAGUCGUGCCUGCUGUUGAAGCUAAAGAAGUUUUUACUAAUCCAAUCCCUACAGUGGAAGUGACUAAUAAAACUAUGGACAGUAAAUAUACUAUUCUAACAAAUCAAAUACCAAAUGAAGAUCCUAAAGAAACUAAAGUCUCAGAAGAAGCCAAUGUUACUCAAGAAAAUGUAACUACAAACGACAAUAUAACAACAGUGGAGAAUAUGAAAAAUGAUAUAGCACGUUCUAAUGAAACCAAGCUAGAUUUGACUAGCAGAUUUGGAGAUACUAGUAGCUAUAUGCUUGUUCCUGCCAAUAAUGUUCAAACUUAUCAGCCGAUACAAACAAACCCCAAUUUACAAGGCAAUUUCCCACAAUAUGGUCUUAAUAAUGAUAAAGGAAAAAUAAUGAAUCCUGUUGUUACAAAUGUUGGGGAAAAUUCGCAAUAUAUUCCACAAAAUACAAAUGCAAAUUAUAAUGGGAAUUUACCACAGGGUACAAAUCUAGUUCCAAUAACAGUUGCAAAUACAUACAUGAUCAACGGUCAGCUAUACGCCGCCUUGACCGUACCUAAUAACAUGAAUGUACCGAGUAGUAUAUAUUUGAUAAAUCCACAAUUACCACAGUCGGGGUAUCAGGUGGCUAAUAAUUUGCCGGUGUAUAAGGUGGUGCAAGGUGACGGAUAUAACGUGAAUAACGUUUAAUAUGUGCCAAUAAACUAAAUAGAUUGAU